AGAAGCCCCAGUCACUCUCUAGGUCGCCUUCAGCACCAGUCAUUCGUUAAACAAACCUCCCCCCGGACUUCUCCACCACCCCCGACGAUGCCUUCUAUCACCCAGGCCCUCGUGGUCCUCUGCUCGGCCGUGGCCGCAGUCUCGGCCAGCCCCGUGGCGGCCCUCAGCCUCGAGGGAGGCCAGACGGCGGACGCGUCCCUCGCGCAGGUCAUCAGCCCGGGCGUGGCCAGGCGCGACCCUUCGGUCGAGCUCUUCGAGGCCUACACCAAGCACGGCAUGCACGUGCCGCGCGAGCUGGCCGCCUACGUCGAGGCCUCCAAGCGGCGCGAGGCGGCGGCGGCGGCGAACCUGCGCGGCCGCGGCCUGCGGGGCGGCGCCAACCUCAAGCCGCACGACGGCGAGAAGGACUGGCUCACCACUAUCAAGGUCGGCUCGCCGCCGCAGACGCUGCACGUGGUCCUCGACACCUACAGCAGCACCAGCUGGAUCUACAGCGACCUGAUGCCGGCCGAGCAGCAGCGCAACCACGGCGUCUACCGGCCCUCCAAGAGCAAGACCGCGUCCAAGAUGGACCUCGAGUACAGCAUCGAGUACCAGGACGGCCAGUUCAGCGGCACGCUCUCGGGCGGCAUGGUGGCCGACGUCAUCAGCCUCGGCAACUGCAUCGAGCACAAGCAGCCCUUCAUGGCCGUCAACAAGACCAGCCGGCCCGACGUCGGCGGCUUCAGCGGCGUCGACGGCGUGCUGGCGCUCGGCUUCAGCGGCUGGGAGGACAUCGCCGACAAGAGCAUCGCCGAUGCGUCCCGGUCCUUCUUCGAGAACAUCAAGGGCAACCUGUCGGCGCCCGUCAUGGGCUUCGACCAGCGGCACAAGAAGUCGGGCUGGGUCGACCUCGGCGUCGUGCCCAAGGAGCGCUACGUCGGCGAGCUGUCGUACCUGCCUGUUGACAGUAGCAACCUCUCCUGGAACAUGACGGCCUCGGGCUACGCCAUCGGUAGCGCCGACAACUUCAAGGCCGAGCCGCUCUUGGGCGUGGCCGACACGGCCACCACCUUCCUCCUGCUGCCCGACAGCAUCUGCAAGCCCUACUACGCCCAGGUCAAGGGCUCGUACUACGACAGCCCCCAGGGCGGCUACGCCUUCCCCUGCGACUCCAAGCUGCCCGACUUCUUCGUCAGGAUGGGCCAGACCGACAUCAGGGUCCCCGGCAGCUACAUCAAGUACAGCGCCCUCACCGACGACGACGGCAAGCGCAACGGCAAGUGCUUCGGCGGGCUCCAGAUCGCGUGGAUGGACUUCCUCGGCGACGGCACCAAGAUCAACGUCUUUGGCACCACUAUCCACAAGGCCGCCUACGUCGUCUACGAGGACGCGCAAGCCGGCCCGAGGAUCGGCUGGGCGAACAAGAAGCUGUAG